CUGGGACUUUAUCUCUCUCAGGCCCCUGGAUACCAUGCCUUGCUCCAAGCAACCUAAUCACUUUCAGAGUCUGAUGCUUCUGCAGUGGCCCUUGAGCUACCUGGCCAUAUUUUGGAUCUUGCAGCCAUUGUUUAUUUACUUGCUGUUUACAUCCUUGUGGCCACUACCAGCCCUUUACUUUGCCUGGUUGUUCCUGGAUUGGAAGACCCCAGAACAAGGUGGCAGACGUUCAGCCUGGGUACGAAAUUGGUGUGUCUGGACCUACAUCAGGGACUAUUUUCCCAUUACGAUGCUGAAGACUAAAGACUUAUCACCUGAGCACAACUAUCUCAUGGGUGUUCACCCCCACGGACUCUUGACCUUUGGUGCCUUCUGCAACUUCUGUACUGAGGCUACAGAUUUCUCGAAGAUCUUCCCAGGCAUAACUCCUCAUUUGGCAACAUUAUCAUGGUUCUUCAAGAUUCCCCUUAUUAGAGAUUAUCUUAUGGCCAAAGGUGUGUGCUCCGUGAGUCAGCCAGCCAUUGACUAUCUACUGAGCCACGGCCCUGGCAACCUCGUUGGCAUUGUAGUGGGAGGUGUGGGAGAGGCUCUGCAAAGUGUUCCCAACACCACCAACCUCAUCCUCCAGAAGCGAAAGGGGUUUGUACGUACAGCCCUCCAGCAUGGGGCUCAUCUGGUUCCCAGUUUCACUUUUGGAGAGACCGAGGUGUAUGAGCAGGUGGUGUUUCCUAAGGACAGCCUGAUGCACAAAUUCCAGAACUGCUUCCGCCAUAUCUUUGGUUUCUAUUUUUGUGUCUUCUAUGGACGAAGCUUUUGCCAAGGCACCAUUGGGCUCUUGCCAUACUCUCGACCUAUCGUCACUGUGGUUGGGGAUCCUCUGCCACUCCCAAGAAUUGAAAAGCCGAGUCAGAAGAUAGUUGAUAAAUACCAUGCACUCUAUAUGGAGGCCGUGCACAAACUGUUUGACCAGCAUAAGACCCAAUAUGGCUGCUCAGAAGCACAAGAACUGGUUUUCCUGUGA